AUGAAGAUCAAAGACAAACCAUCCGAGCCGACUUCGAACAGCCGCUUCCUGGAACUUCCUGUGGAGGUGCGCCAGUCGAUUCUCACAAGCGUGCUGCUCCCACUUGAUCGUUACAUCUAUCUCAGCCCGAAACAAUCAUGGGUGGAACUGGAUCGCGCAAAGACCUUACCCUGUCCACCGAUUCUGCUCGUGUGUCGGCAAAUCCACGCCGAAGCAGUUCGGCUGAUGUAUCUACGAGCAACAGUCGUCAUCUAUGCUCAACCGGGGUUUUUGGCAUUACCGUCUCGACUGCCGCACCGGAAGCUGGUACGCCGUCUUGAUAUCGGCAUCCCAAUGGCAGAGCAGAACUCCGGCCUGUCGCUAGGUCGCCCCAAAGCCAAGAUCUACCUACCAAUUGCACCGGAUCGGCUGCUCCCACAACUCCAAUCAGUCUUCCCGCAGGCACGAGAUAUCUCGCUCACCCUAUGUGCGAUACCUCCGCGAGCGGUGCCGCACAUGUCCUCUCUUUCAGGAGCCACCGUCUGCGACCUGCGUGCUCUGCUUCUCCAUUCACUCUUGAGCGAUAAAAUCACCCGAAUCCGCUACCAAUUGACGGACAAACUGUCGUACGAGCUUUUCGAUCUUGGCCAACACGGCUCUCAAGAACUGUUGAAGGAAAGAGUGGGACGGGCCACCGACCUACCGAACCUUAGAGAAGUGGAGUUCUAUUUCACGACACCCUUGUCAAAGCCGGCGCAUAACAGACCGAUCAUGUGGACUGCAAGGACGGCCCCGGCGUCAAGCAUGACCAUUCUGUAUCGAAGCCUUCGACAAGAGCGUGGCAGGAUGAGGUCGCUCGGAGAGAAGUUGCCCGUUGUCUUUCCUCAGGUUGAGAGCCUGAAACUCUGUCGCAUGUUGUAUUGGCGUGGCAGUAUUACCUACGAGCUGAUUGACAUGGGAGAGCCGGAGGCUAAGGCGGUGCCCAAAUUGUUGAAAAGAAGAAGCAUUGGGUGGUGA